AGUCUUGAAAUCUUAAUGGCAAACAACAAUUUUGGCAAAACUGGUGCUUAUUCACUUUUUUAACACAUGUAUAAAUUAUCUAUUACAAUAAAACAGGCAUACUUUUCCUGCAGAGCCAUGUUUUCACUUGUAUUAUUCUCAGGUUUCUUUACCCUCACACUGUGUGCCCCUCAGUAUGUCUUUGUAAAUGAGUCCAAGACUUGGGCAGAAGCUCAGAGAUACUGUAGAGAUAAAUACACUGAUCUGGCCACCAUUGAAAAUGAACAACAGACAGUCCAGUUGAUCGACACAGUGAAUCAUGAUUCCAUUGAUUUGGCCUGGAUUGGACUCUAUGAUGAUCUGAACAGUUGGAAAUGGACUCUAGAGGACAGUGAUUUCUUCAAGGUUGGAGAGAAAAACUUCAGGAACUGGUAUGACCAAGGACCAGGCAAUUCUGGAGGACAAAGUCUGUGUGUGUAUAUGAAUAAUGGGAUAUGGUAUGCAGCAAGCUGCUCCAAUUCAUUUUAUCUUACGGUCUGCUAUGAUGGAAGAGAAAAUGCCAGCGCAACUUAUGUUUUCAUUUACCAGUACCAAACCUGGACUGAAGCUCAGAGUUACUGCAGAGAACAUCACACAGACCUCAUCAGUAUCAGGAAUGAGACUGAAAACCAGAAGAUCCAGUAUUUAUUACGAAAUAUUUAUUAUUAUUAUUAUCAAAAUGUUUGGAUUGGACUGUACCAUACCAGAUCUUGGUCAGAUCAGAGCAACACUUCAUUUACUUACUGGAGCACAUGGCAACCAAACACUGCAGGAUCCUGCACUGUAGUCUCAUUUAGAGACUCUGGGAAAUGGAUGGAUGAAAACUGCAAUUAUGCAUUUCCUUUCUUUUGCCACAGUGCAUUAGCAUCAUCUCGUCAGUAUCACUUUGUGAAUGAGAGUAAGACCUGGACUGAAGCUCAGAGAUACUGCAGACAGAAUUACACUGAUCUGGCCACCAUUGAUAACAUGGAGGAAAUGAACAGACUGAUUAACACAGUUAAUGGGACUUACAAUGAUUCAGCCUGGAUUGGAGAGUAUGAUGAUGUGAACAGCUGGAGAUGGUCACUGGAAGACAAUGAUUUCUAUCAGGAAGAAGAGAGAGAUUUCAGGAACUGGUAUCAUGAACCGGACAACAGUGGGGGGAACCAGCUGUGUGUUUACAUGGAUUAUAAUGGUAAAUGGUAUGAUAUGUCAUGUGACAACACACUGCCAUUUGUUUGCUAUGAUGGUAGAGAAAACGCCACUGAGAAGUAUAUUAUGGUAUAUGACUCUAAGACCUGGACUGAAGCUCAGAGCUACUGCAGAGAGAAAUACACAGACCUGGCCAGUGUGAGAAAUGAGACAGAACAUCAACAGAUACUGAGCAUUACCCGUUAUUAUGGACAGUAUGUAUGGAUUGGUCUGCGCAGAAACAGACUGUGGUCAGAUCAGAGCAGCUCCUCCUUCACAUAUUGGCUCCCACACACCUCAUCGGUUGCUGCACAACCAGAUAAUGGUGCAAAUGUCCCAGGACAGUGGGGAUCUCAACACUGCACAGCUGUGUCUUUACAAUACUUUGGCCAGUGGACAGAUGAGAGCUGCUUUGCCAGUUUGCCUUUCUUCUGUUACAGUGAUGAGUAUGUGAUGGGAAUGCGAAUAGAAGUUACAAGUCUAGACAAUUUAUCAGAGUCUCAGAUUGAAGAGCUUGUGAUUAUACAGUUACAAGAGGAGCUGAUGAGGCUCGGACUUCCCAGCAACGUCACCAUGAAUUUAAGAGACUAUCGUAAGAUCAAGCCCUGACAGAAGAUGUUCCAAUGGUCCUAUUAAAUCAGUGAAGGGCUUUGUAUCAAAAUGAAUGUAGCUUGAAUUUAACAUUAAAAUAAUGGAAAAUUGGGCUUACAGUAUGCUGUACAUAGUUUAAUCAAUAGUUUUCCAUAAAAAGGCAAAACAGGUGAAAACAAUACCAUUAUGCUCUUUAUACCAAUGAUUUUUGACAUCAAUAUGAUCUGAAUAUGAAAAAUAUGAAUAUAAGAUGAUGGGUAUUUUGUGUUUGUUUUGAAGUUAUGCAUAACAAUGGUACUGAAUGUCAUGUCUGUAAAGUUAGAUAAAGUUUGAAAUUUUGAAAGGAAGCUAUGUUUUGUGGGUCUUAAGUUUUAGUAUAGUACAAUCAAAAGGAUGAAAAAAUUAUUACAAUAAUGAACCUGGCACCUGUUUUACCUUGUAAGGUGCUGAAGCGCAUGUAACUAAAUAAAUCACAUACAAAAAUAAGAAAGAAUGUGGACAUAAAAACAAACCUUUCCUGUUAAUAG